GGACUGGGGAAAGAAAUGGACUGCGGGAGCGAACGAAUGAACGCAUGAGAGGGUGAGUGAGAUAGGGUCGUAUUGGGGAGCAUUUAUCCAGCCGCGGAAUCGGUUCGGAUGGUUAAGCGAGAGGCGCCAUGACCACUAGAAGGGAAUUCUUUUUCUUCUUUUUGUCCUUUUUUUUUUCUUUUAGUACCGAGGUAUUUUUUUGCUUUUUAUUCUCGCUUUUUCGCGGGUAUACAGAAGUGCUGAGUCAAGGCCGGAGUAUCAAAUCCGCUCUUCAGGUCGGAGUUCGGAAGCCCUUGGUCUGUUUUCUUAGAGGAACAAAAAGAACACAUAAAUGCCCAGCCUUCCAUCAUUCAAACAGGGCAAAUAAUGCGAUUGGAAGAAGAUGGCGAUGCGAACUCGGUUUUGAGGUCGUCUUGCAUUAUGAUAGAUACGGUAGCAAUCCGGCGUCCAACGGUAACCUCCGAAUGUUGUAGACAGUCGCAGUUGGGUUAAUUGGAUACUAUCGCUGACUCAGUUUUGUUAGUUGCGCCACGGACUCGGGAUUCGGAGCGCUACGUGAUAAGCUUAAAAGAUACACGAAUAAAAGUCCGGCACGGUAUAGCGC